GGCAGUACCGCAGGGUGUUGCUCCUGCCGCUGCUGGUUCCCCCGCUGCUGCCGCUGCCGCCGCUCACGCCGCUGCUGCUGCUCACGCUGCUCCUGCCGGCACCACUGCCGCCGAUUCCCCUGCUCCCGCUGCUCCCGCUGCUGCCGCUGGCGCCGUUGCCGCCAGUGCCGUUUACACUGCUGCCGCUGCCACUGGCACCUCCGCUGCUGCCACUGUCGCCGUUACCGCUGGCGCCGCUUCCACCACUGCUGCUGCUGUCGAGGGCACCGUUGCCACCAGUGCCGCUGCCGCCGGCUCCUCCACUGCUGCCGCUGCCGCCGGACUUCAGGAACAGAGAAGUUCUCAUUUUUAGUAAUUCUUUGGAAGAAAGUUGGAUUGGAAGAACCUGGAAGAAUUUAGAAGAAUUUACCUGUCUACAGCUUCCUUCUUCAUCAACGUGGGGCCAGCAGUCCAAUACAACAGCAUGUCAGACCCAGGCCACACUGUCAUUGGCUGAAAUCCAAAAACUAGAAGAAGAACGAGAACGGCAGCUUCGAGAAGAGCAAAGGCGCCAGCAAAGGGAAUUGAUGAAAGCUCUCCAGCAGCAGCAGCAGCAGCAACAGCAGAAACUCUCAGGUUGGGGGAAUGUCAGCAAACCUGCAGGUACUACUAAAUCUCUUCUGGAGAUCCAGCAGGAAGAGGCCAGGCAAAUGCAGAAGCAGCAGCAGCAGCAGCAGCAGCAGCAGCAACAGCACCAGCAACCAAACAGAGCCCGGAAUAGUACGCAUUCCAGCCUGCACACCAGCAUUGGGAAUUCUGUUUGGGGCUCUAUAAAUACUGCUCCUCCUAACCAGUGGGCAUCUGACCUAGUCAGUAGUAUCUGGAGUAAUGCUGACACUAAAAACUCCAACAUGGGAUUCUGGGAUGAUGCAGUGAAAGAAGUGGGACAUAAGAAUUCAACAAAUAAAAAUAAAAACAACACCAGUAUCAGUAAAUCUGUAGGUAUGUCUAACCGGCAGAAUAAGAAAGUAGAAGAAGAAGAAAAGUUGCUGAAGCUCUUUCAGGGAGUAAAUAAAGCCCAAGAUGGAUUUACCCAGUGGUGUGAACAGAUGCUUCAUGCCCUUAAUACGGCAAAUAAUUUGGAUGUUCCCACAUUUGUUUCUUUCCUGAAAGAAGUAGAAUCUCCUUAUGAGGUCCAUGAUUAUAUCAGGGCCUAUUUAGGAGAUACUUCUGAGGCCAAGGAGUUUGCCAAGCAGUUCCUUGAGCGCCGUGCCAAACAGAAAGCCAACCAGCAGCGUCAGCAGCAGCAGCAGCAGCAGCAAUCACAGGACUCUGUGUGGGGGAUGAACCACAGUACACUCCAUUCAGUAUUUCAGACCAAUCAAAGCAACAACCAACAAUCCAAUUUUGAAGCCGUGCAAAGUGGCAAGAAGAAGAAAAAGCAGAAGAUGGUCCGAGCAGAUCCAAGUUUAUUAGGGUUUUCGGUGAAUGCAUCAUCAGAGCGACUCAAUAUGGGUGAGAUUGAGACUUUGGAUGACUACUGAGCGCCUGCCAGAGGACUGGCCUUCCCUCUUCUCUCUGCCGACUGUGGAUUCUCCACCUUUGGACACAACACUCAUUCACCAUUUACACUUUAUCACUCUGCAACAAAUCACAGAACCAAUCAUCUCAGGCUUUUUCUUCUAGCCCUUGUGUCCAAGAUUCUUUAAACCGUCUUUGUUGGUGAGCAUCUCAGACUAUAGAUAAGUGGACCAGACCCUGUGUCUUGGGGGUGGCAGUUGGGAUUACUCCCCAACAAUGCUGAUUUUGGGCAGCACGUUUUCACUGUGCCGUGAUUUCAUCUAGUGUCUCCCAGAAGGUGUGUUGGGAUCUGCCAAAAACAGCUUACUUUUAUCACUUUUUUCCUUCUAUUUUUGUUUUGUUUUGUUUUUUUUCUUCCUUUUCCCCCCAUAAAUACAAGUGGUCUAAUUGUUGCAAUCAUGAAGAGAGUUACUGGUUAACAGACAUUGGCCAGCAACACCAUGCCCCAUGGACUGUCACUGGAAUGUCCUACAGAGAGUCAGAGCUCUCCCAGUCUGAAGGUUACCUUGCCACUGCUAACCUUGGGAUUGCAUCAAAGAGGCCCUGAGCGGGGUGGAGUUUAGAUUGGAUUGGUUUGAUGUUGCACACCCCUCGCCUGUUCUUUCUGAGCAUCCUUUCGGGGAAAGGAUUCAUGUUUUUCUUCAUUAGAUAGUGACUUCCAAGCAAGCUGACUUCUCCCCUGGCAUACUCCAACCUGAUUGGACAAAGGAAACCCUAUGGCCUGGGAGAGGGACUUACUCUUCAUUUUUGUUUCUUACAAAAACUGAUUUUUCCCAUAAAUAUUUUUACUUCAGAGGACUAGGACCAGUUCGUUUUGGGCCCUUCUGCUGAAAAUUUGUCUCGUUUAAGAGGCAGCUAGGAUCUUUACCAUAUGUAUGAAUUUGUAUAAUUUCAUUUUGGGUAGGGAUAAACUUCUGCUUCCGAUAAAAGCCCGGAAUUUCAUCUGGUUCCUCAGAGCAUUGUGUACGUGUCUUGUUGUGGCCCCAAAAAGGUUCUGUUUAAAGAUUCUGGGAUGGCAAGUUGCUUUCCUUUUCGGAAAAAAGAACAUACAAAACCUGACCACCUUUAAGACCUUCAUCCGCGGAAACCACUAUACAGGAGGAUGCAGUGGGAUGGAGGGAUGGGCGAGAAUGGGAGAGGGAAGCCUGGUCUGGCUUCUGGGUGCAACCUCCUAGCACCCUUUCCCUUCAAGUAGAAAUGUACUCAAGCCCUAUUUAUAAACAAGGACUCUUCCUGCCUCCAGCAGACCCCCACAGAACAUCACCUGGAAUUGCUAGUCACACUUUGGUUGGAGCUGUUGGGCUGGCUGUGCCUGUGGAAAAGGUGCUGCGGUUUGGGUGGCUCCUGAGUAAAACACCUUUUCUUUCUGUCAUCGUUGCCUGAAGAAGGUUGGAGUUGCUCUGAGAGGAUUAUAUUUGGUUUCUAUUUUUAUUUUGGAUCACCAUUCUCCCUAUCCCUUCUUGUCUCCCUCCCUUCUAAACAUGUACAAUAACUAUACAGAGACUGCUACAAACUUGUAUAUAGUUUUCGGAUCAAAUAGCAUGAGGAGAUGGGGAACCAUUAAAAACUGGGACUCCUACUCUCCUUUGCUUUGUAAAUUCAAAAGUGGGGGGUGGGAAAGAGGGAUAGUUAAAAUGUUUACAAAACUUUAUGCUCCCUCGGAACUUUUGCCAGUGUGGAGGAAAAUAAAAACGAACUUAAAUAAAA